AGAGCGGCGCUCUCCGAGCGCAGGGCGGCCGGGUGGGUGGUGCAGCCGCCUGGGCUUCAGGCUCAGGCCCGUCCGGUGUCAAUCAGCAGUGUUUACUGAGUGGGGGCGGGGGGGGCAGGCCUUCCCCCCUGCACCACCGCACCUUCGGGGCCCCAGCCCAGCCCCCUCCCUGCACCUGGCCACCUGUCUCCAAAGCUCCCAGCUUCUGACCCGCCUGUUUGCUCCCGCGGGGACACCCCCGUGCCCCGUGCCGACCUAUAAAGUGGUCGCACCUCGGCCCUCUGUGCCACCCACCUCUGGCUCGCAGUGCCCGCAGACCAAGCCCCAGAUGUGACCUUCUGGGAGCUCAACAGGCAGAGACAGCCUCAUUGCCAAUCCCUGGUGAACGUGGCCCCAGGGCCUCACUGGACUCAAAACCAGAGCCCCGCUGUCAGACGUGCCCCUGGGUCUGGACCUGUCCCGGACGUCAGGACAUCACUGGUCUCUUGUCAUCUCCUCGUCCAGAACCGGAAUUAUCAAUUUUCAUCUAAUAAGUGCCACAGACGGGGUUGAAAUGAACCUUCUUCCAGGAGUCUGAUUACAGUGUACCAGCUCUGUGACCUGCAGACCCGCGGCAUUCCGAAUGACCUGUGUUCCUCUCUCCCAGCCCAACCGACUUCAGGAUCUCCAAUGGCCAACGAGGCGAGCCCUUGUCCGUGCGACAUUGGCCACAGGCUGGAGUAUGGAGGGAUGGGCCACGAGGUGCAGGUGGAGCACAUCAGGGCUUAUGUCACCAGGCCCCGUGCCGACACAGGCAAGGCCAUCAUUGUCGUGCAGGACAUAUUUGGCUGGAAGCUGCCCAACACCUGGUACAUGGCCGACCUGAUCGCAGGAAAUGGAUACACAACCAUAGUCCCGGACUUCUUCGUGGGGAAGGAGCCGUGGAACCCCUCAUGGGAGAUGAAAACCUUCCCCGAGUGGUUGAAGUCCAGAGAUGCCAGGAAGGUGGAUAAGGAGGUGGAGGCUGUCCUUCGGUACCUGACACAGCAGUGCGGAGCCCAGAGGGUGGGCAUCGUGGGCUUCUGCUGGGGCGGCACCGUGGUGCACCACGUGAUGACCAAGUACCCGCAGAUCAGGGCGGGGGUGUCCCUCUACGGCAUCGUCAAGGACUCCGAAGACGUUUAUGACUUAAAGAACCCCACGCUGUUCAUUUUUGCUGAGAAUGACUUCGUGAUUUCCCUUGAGCAGGUCUCUUUGCUGACCCAGAAGUUGAAGGAACACUGCAAGGUUGAGCACCAGGUGAAAACCUUCACGGGGCAGACUCAUGGCUUUGUGCACCGGAAGAGGGAAGACUGCCAGCCGGCAGACAAGCCCUACAUCGACGAGGCCAGGAGGAACCUGGUGGAGUGGCUGAACAAGUUCGUGUAGCAGCCAGCAGGCUGACUACUCACACUUGCUUCAUUCAAAAUCUGCCCAGAAGUCCUUCGGUCAUUUGAUUUUUUACUUAAAAAGAUAAAUGUGAGGAUGCUGAAAUUAAUUUCAUCUGAAACCAAUUCAGGAGAAAAUUUUAAUGUAUGGAAAUAAUCUUGGACAUGUAUAUCAAUGAAAAUUAAAAAAAUAGCUAAGAGGGCAGGAGGGAGAGGCCCAGGGCUGCUGGGGCGGCUGACAGCUCCACGUAGCCUAUGGUGUCGCCACUGUGACGAGCAGGAACCCGGGUGGACUAACCACAGUGAGCUGUUGGUCUUUGUCCUGAGAGCCACAUUUCUCACAUCUGCCUAAUGCUGAAAUAAAGUUUCUGUUGACCUAAUUGUAUCAGAUAAUAAA